AUGCAGUCUGUUGAAGACCAUUAUAAUGGACUGCUUUUAUAUGACGAGAUUAAACAGGAACAACUACAAUUGGACUCAGCUGGCGUUAAAGGCUUUAUAACUCCCAAUACUACUACGUCUGGUAUCUCUACUGGCACUUCAUUAUCCACAUCCAAUUUACACAGCGGUAGCCGCCGACAUAGACUAAGUGUAUCACAUGAAGAUAUUGAUUUGGAAUCUGUAGACCCAGGAACUAUUAAAAUAGAUUGUAGUGGAGCAUUCAUUGCCAAUGAUGAUUUGUUGAGAAGCUCAAUUAUUGUUGAUGAAGAUUCACUGAAUACAAGCGGUUCAGUUUCAAGUACUCCCACACCACCACUGUCAAAUACAAGCUCGGAUUUUGAAGAUGAUGAGAAUAACGGGGCAGCAUCAGGAGGACAAGGACGAGGAGGACGAGGAGGACGAGAAGGAGGAGGAGAUUUUGGUUUUCUACAAGAUGAGGAGAAAGUUGAGGAGAGCAUGCAGGGAACAAUUACCAAGAACAAUAUCAAUUUGCCCAAGCACAAUGAUGAAAUUAUCCAUAUUUCCGUAGAUAUUGGUGGCACUUUGACCAAGCUUGUGUAUUUUAGUAAAUUGAGGAAUACCAAACAACAAACCAACAACAACAACAAUAACAAUAAUAAUAAUAAUAGUGGAUCUAUUGAUGGGUCGGUGAGUUCUUCAGGUGGAGGCAAAUUACAUUUUAAAGAUUUCCAAACGGAGAAUUUCAAAGAUGAAGUUAUGAAGUUUAUGAUUCAUUUGAUUACAAAGUCAAUUUCGAAACAGAAUAAAAGACCACCUAUAACGUAUAUAAUGGCUACAGGUGGCGGAGCACAUAAAUUUUACAACUUGAUGACCAAGACAUUUAGGAAGAAGAAAUUGCCGAUGCAGAUUAUUGCCAAGGAUGAAAUGGAAUGUUUAAUUAAAGGUUUAGAUUGGUUGAUUACCAAGAUUCCACAAGAAAUCUUUAUUUAUGAUUUAGUAGAGGUCAAUACUAAAUUCCAACCAUUACAGAAGGAAGAUGAGAUAUACCCUUAUUUGCUAGUCAAUAUAGGUAGUGGUGUUUCGAUGAUAAAAGUUGUCAAACCUGGCCCUGAAGGGUUUGAAAGAAUUGGCGGUAGUUCACUUGGAGGAGGGACAUUAUGGGGACUACUUUCAUUAUUAACUGAUGCCAAAGAUUACAAUGAGAUGUUGGAAAUGGCACAAAGGGGAAAUAAUGAGAACAUUGAUUUAUUAGUAGGGGACAUCUAUGGUUCCAAUUACAACAAAAUUGGCUUAAAAGCUAACCAUAUAGCAUCGUCAUUUGCCAAAGUGUUUAAAAAAUUGAGGUUUAAUAAUAACAAUGAGAAUAAACCAUUAAUGACAUCGGCGGAGAAGUUAGCACAGUUUAAGCAAGAGGAUAUUGCCAGGUCACUAUUGUUUUCCAUUAGUAACAAUAUUGGACAAAUUGCAUAUUUACAAGCUUUGCGAUUUAGUCUCAAGAGGAUUUAUUUUGGAGGGAGUUAUAUAUCGGGACAUAUGCAAACUAUACAUACCUUGAGUUUUGCUGUUAAUUUUUGGUCCAAUGGUGAAAUGCAAAGUUACUUUUUGAGACACGAAGGGUAUUUGGGAAGUGUUGGUGCUUUCAUGAUGGGUCCUGCUUUCCAGCAAGAGCAGCAGCAGCAGCAGCCGACACUAUCGAGCAGGACGAGAUAG